CGCCUCUCUGCGCAACCUCGGCCAGGCCGGAAGUGACGUACGUACCCUAUAAAGCUCGCCAGCCGCCGGUGGACGGGUUCAGAAGGCUGGCGGGCAGCUACCAUGGCAGAUGAGGAGGAAGACCCUACCUUUGAGGAGGAAAAUGAAGAAAUUGGAGGAGGAGCGGAAGGUGGCCAGGGGAAGAGAAAGAGACUUUUCUCUAAAGAAUUGCGCUGUAUGAUGUAUGGGUUUGGGGAUGACCAGAAUCCUUACACAGAGUCUGUGGAUAUUCUCGAAGACCUUGUCAUAGAGUUCAUCACUGAAAUGACUCACAAGGCAAUGUCGAUUGGAAGACAAGGGCGAGUGCAAGUUGAAGAUAUUGUCUUCCUAAUUCGAAAGGAUCCAAGGAAGUUUGCUAGAGUUAAAGACUUACUAACUAUGAAUGAAGAAUUGAAACGGGCUAGAAAAGCUUUUGAUGAAGCCAACUAUGGAUCUUGACACAGUCUGUAAUUCCCGAGAUUUUGGUAUUUUCUGUGGAAACUAUACAUUGUAGUUGUCUGCAGUAAUAUCAUGAUAGCUAGGCAUGCAAUGAAAGAGGUCUUUAACUUGAGCCUCUCAUUGCCUGUCUUUAUCUGAUCAUAUUUGAAUUGCUUACUGGCCUUUAAUAACUCCUAAGUUACAGUAUUGCAACCCAUGCAGUUCCAUCUGAAAGGGGGGAAGUAGUAUUUAUACUUCAGGUAGAUGUGUGUAUUCUAAGCUGUAUACCAUCGCUGCAUAAUAUGCAGUCUAAAUGUCCAUUUGAUUUUAUGAAUGAUUUUAUGAUUUUGUUUUUGUGCUUUAUGUAUCUCAAGUUUUUAGAUGACAGUGGUGGGAGAAGUUAUUAAAGAUAAUGAACUGGUUUGGUUUUUUUUUGUUUGUUUGUUUGUUUGUUUAAGAAAACUAAAAUCUUGUCUUAAUAGACCAUUUGUUUUAAUAUUCUUUUCUAAAGAAUACUUUUUUUUUAAAAGAAACUAAUAUUUGCUAAGUGUUAGCAGACCUCGUCUUCCUUGUUGACUGUAAAGCUUCCCGAAACAAAUGCCUUUGGAAGUAGGAAUGGCAAAGCUUAUGAAGCUGCUGCCAGGACAGGGCUUUCGGUUGUGUUCUACUGACAUAAAUGUAAGUACUUUCACUGUGAGGGUGUACAGUUGGUUAAACCUGUAGGUGGCUGUGCAAACCAUUUUCAUAGUUUAGCAUAUGCAGGCUUUGUGUGUAGUUUACUUACUGCAUUAAAUUACUCUCCUUAGCUUAUAAUAAGGAUAAUUGCAUUUAAAGGGGCUACUGAAUGUAACUCUGAAACUUACUGGUGCUUCUUAACAUCUCUAAAUCCAUACAUGGGGAAAAACUACCUGUUUAAUCUACUGAUACAAGGAAUAAAGAAUGAGGAAUUAAACACACCAA